AUGCUCAGCUUCUGGCCUGUUUUCUGGAUAUGCUCAUGGAUAGCGUUCGCUGGAGCGUUUCCAGCGCGCCUACGAGCAAAUGACAGAGAAAUCUCCCAACAGACCUUUGAGUCCCUAGAAGAACUCGCGCGCAUUGUCGACAUAUCCUACUGUGUCGGGACGACGGGAAUCCAGAAGCCCUUCAAAUGCCUGAGUCGAUGUAGCGACUUUGAGGGCUUCGAGCUCGUCACCACCUGGAACACUGGCCCUCUCCUUUCCGAUUCGUCUGGCUACAUUGCCUUGUCGCAUCCCCCAUACCCGAAACGAGUCAUCGUGGCCUUCCGAGGUACCUACUCUAUCGCAAACACAAUCGCAGAUUUGUCGACGAACCCCGCCGAAUAUGCCCCUUUCCCUUCGGAACGAGAUAAGGAUUCGUUCUGCACCACGGCACAGUGGCAAAAUGAAAAAGACUCUAUACUUCCACAGCUACUGAAGCAGCCAGAAAAGAGGAGUUCGAUACCGACAGAGUGUCUCAACUGCACUGUUCACUCAGGCUUCAUGACAUCCUGGCGGAACACACGCUGCAUCAUCAUUCCACACGUAGAAAUGGCAUUGAGGGACAAUCCCGACUACGAACUUGUGCUGGUUGGUCAUUCACUUGGGGGCGCCGUCGCAGCGUUGGCGUCUCUGGAGUUUCAAGCGAGGGGGUGGGAUCCUCAUGUCACGACUUUUGGCGAGCCACGGGUCGGAAAUCUAGCGUUGAACCAGUUCAUCGACAAACGUUUCAACUUGAACACCACAAGCCCGAACCAGUGGACCUACCGCAGAGUCACACAUGUGGAUGAUCCAGUGCCGCUGUUACCACUGGAAGAAUGGGGUUACAGAAUGCAUGCCGGCGAGAUAUACAUCUCCAAAGCCGCGCUGCCUCCUGCUCGUGCCGAUAUUCAGCAUUGUGUGGGUAAUGAGGAUCCCGGUUGUAUUGCCGAUAGUGCAUCGACCGAGAUCGAGAAGGUAGGAUCCGCAGCCCGGAGAGAAAACGGUACAGCCUCCGAGAUCAAGGGAAUGUGGGAGAUUGGUCGACGCUACAAACUCUGGCAGCUGUUCUUUGCUCAUCGUGACUACUUUUGGCGACUGGGUCUCUGUGUCCCUGGAGGAGAUCCAUGGGACUGGUCGAGAGGCAAAUACAAUGCGACAUUUACGAAUGAUGAGUUAUGA